AUGAAUUUCUCCAGUUUUUCUUCAAGUCCAUCAGCAAUAAACAGCUCACAAACAGUAAAACGUGUUAAGACAUUUGCUUUACCGGAUAAAUGUUUCGAAAAAGGCAUUGGCGCAGCAUGGAGACGUGGUAACCAAUUCGGAGUAUAUCCUAGAAGUCAAAAUGUGAACAAAACUGUUUCAGAAACAGCUGAUAAAACUGACGACAAGAUUUUAAACAUUCGCCAAAGUGUUGUACUAUUUACUCCAAUUUUACGUAAGUUUGUAAAUGAAGCGAAUGGUACAUUCUUAACUUUACAAAAACUUGUAGAGACUUCGAAAACUACAGAUAAUCAAGUCGAAUUUCUGAAGCUUUCGCGCCAAUAUCGUUCGAUAAUCCGAGUUUGUAUUGAGAGUCUCCAAGAAGCCGCUCAAAAAGAAACGGAUGGCAUAGAAAAGAACACUUUAUUUUCAUACAUAACUAUUUUCUAUUCAGUAGAAUGUAUUUGGCAUUUGUGUGAAAUAUUGUUUAUUGAUAUCAUUCCUGGUGAAGUUGUUCUGCCAUUUUUAUUAGAAUGGGUACGAUUUCACUUUCCAUGUCAUGAGCAGACUGCAGCUCAGUUACUGGAAGCAUGUGAGAAGGGUUCUGAAGAUCACCCUGAAUAUUGGGAUACAGUUGUAGGAAUGGUAGUACAGGGAAGAGUGGAUGUCGCUAGAGCAUUGCUUAAAUUACACUCCACUGCUGAUUCAAAUGAAUUUAAGCUAGUUGAUAAUUCUUUGAGAAGCAUGCCAGUUUAUAGUGUUUACGGUGGUAUAUCUGCAGGGGAAUUCACUAUAUCCUGGAAGCAUUGGCAAGCAGAAUGCAGAUCAAAACUUAGUAGCCGCCUUUUAAUGCAGCAGCCUCAAUUGGAACUUAUUAUGAGAUUAAUGACUGGCGAGUAUGCAGCAUUUGAGUUAAUCCGACCAAAUUACACCUCAUGGUUUGACAUACUCGGUGGAUGGGUGCUAUUCACUAUGCCUUGGGCAAAAAGACGUGAUUUGGGCGCAGCGGGUGCCGCAUGUGCGGGCAUGGAGACGUCUGGCCGGUCUCAUUUAGAUGUGAUGGUUAGAGCUCUGCUGGAUGGAGAUUUACAUCAGGUAAUCCACGAAAUACAACAAGUAUCUGACAAUGGUUGGUUUGCUUCACAUUUGACAGACAUGCUGUAUCACUGCGGCAAGUUGGAAAUUUUGGACAAACAUCAGAAUAAUGUAACCACCCGGCUGCGGGACAGCCUCAUUCUGGAAUAUGGCUCAUUACUAAUAGAACACAAAUCUCUGUGGUCCGUUGGAUUAUCUUACUUGGCGUCAUGCCCUCCGGAGGGAUUGAAGAGGGCUGAGUUAUUGUUAGAACGUAUGCCCAUAGAUACUGAGGCCAAAGCUAUGAGAGUGGCUGCAGAGGCAAAGAAGUAUGGCUUACUUGGUGUUGUGCAAAACAUAUCAACGUGCAUGUCGUCUCGGCGGCUGUCGCGCGGCGCGGCGGGCGCGGGGGCGGCGCUAGCGUGGGCGGCGCGCGGGCGCAGCGCGGCGCAGUGCGCGCGCGCCGCCCACGUGGCGCUGCGCGCGUACUGCGCGGGGGAGCCCCUGCCCGCGGUCGACCUACUGCUGAGCGCUGGUGCUACGCUACUGAUUGAUGAUACCCUGCUGUUGUUAGGAAAAUACUGUGAUUUCCACAGAUUAUACAAAAAUAGAGAGUUCAAAAAAGCUGCCAAACUGUUAGUGUCUUUAAUCACAUCUAACAUAGCCCCCGAUUAUUUCUGGCCAACCCUCCUCCUUGACACCCUGCCACUCCUCGAGACAGAGGAACCAGUUCUCUCGGCUGAAGAUACAUAUGAACUGAUGCUUCAGCUAGAGCUCCACAGCCAGUGCCUAGCAGGAGAGAAGGCAGAACUUCUCCGACUGGCUCUAGCUAGAAACUUGGCUCGGACAGCCUUGCUAGAUGAUAUA